AUGGGUCAACGAUUCUCGCGUCCCACGCGGGACACCGCAAUCGACGCUGACUGUGACUUGCAACUCCUUACAGCACUUGCCAUCUACUCCCAGAUCAUGUCCUACACCGAGUCUAUGGUCGGCGAAGGGGGCUCGACAACGAAUGGCCGCUCGCGUGUCGGUCAAGCUACCGAGUACCCACCUGCACCUGGUCGGCACCUUCAAGGAGCAGACUUGCCCGAAGCACCCCCGGCGAAGGUGUCAAGCACAGACAACCGUCCCACUAUCCAUGCCCCUCGACCCAUCUACGGUUUCCACGGUAAAGGCUCCUCCCUUGCCUUGGGGACGGAGAACCCCCGCCAUCUUCAGCUCGCCGUCGCCAAAUUCCAAGACACCAAUCAUGAAGGCUCAGGCAGCGGCCACACUCCGUCUGCAGCUGAUGCAGCGACGAACAUAGCCGCUCAGCAGCCGAGCCGUCACUUUUCUAGUGACCGCGGUGUCCCCCGCGUCCUUCCGUUCGGCACCCACAAUGCGGUCUUGGCAGCGACGCUCUUCACCUUCCGCCCCGGUCUUCUGCAAACCGCGGCCUCUCCUCACAACCCGGUCAGCAAUGACAGUUCCUCAUCUUCCACGCCGGUGUAUGUCACGUCUGAGGACUCUGAUGAGGAGCCAGACAACGGCAGCGACGCGGGAUUAUGGGUCAAAAUCGACGCUCUCGACGUCAAUGCCAACGAACAUGAAGGCAUCCCGAUUGGUAGCGACAAUGAGCACACCGAUGGAGGCGAGAGUGAUUCCGCCUACAGCAGCGCUGCCUCGAGCCAGUCACCCCGUCUCACUGUCAAUAAUCUCCAAGAAGCGCUCGCCUUGCACAGGCUAAUCCUCAGGGGGCGCGACGAGAUGGCGGCCCUGCGCAGCGCCCGCCCCCUCUCUCCCUGCAACUGGCAGUCUGCUGACGAGUCCCACCAAUUCCGCGGAUUCCGCCCCGCGCUCAUUGCAAGACUGCAGCAGCUCGGCCUCGGCCCCCUGUUGGUCGACAUGGAGGCGCUCAUCGCCGCGGAGCCCCUCGACGACGACCCCGAGUUCAGCGUCGACGAGGACGACGACGGCGAACUCGACUACCUGGCCUGUAACAGCCUCACGUCGCACGUCGAGCUUGCCGCCGCUGCCAAGCUGGUUUCCAAGUAUCACCGCUUCAUGGCCGGGUGGUGGUCGCGCCGGCGCAAUCGGAUCGGACCCUCGGGCCCUGACAGUCAGAAGGGCAAGGAGAGGAAGCGGAGCGCGGCUUAUCUCGAAUUUGCAGCCUUCGCACGGGCUCAUCGUACCGUCUCGCGGCGGGAGUGGGAGGCGGAAGACUCCGACGAGGACUACGAGGAGGUUGGGCCCGAGGAUAUUUGGCCCAUCGAGGGCACCGGACGUCAUGACCUGGACACGCCGCUGGGACCGCACAGUUGGAUCGUCCGGCCGGACGAGAUGUCUGACUAUGAGUCGCAAGAGAUGCUGUCCACCGAUGAUGACGAGUCGUCGGACGGGGACUGGUACAGCUCGGUCGUUGGGGUCGCGAGCGAGGACGGCCCGAACUCUGGCUGGUAG